UACAGGGACGCAUGACUGAAAUAGGUGACUUUACUGCAUUCUUAGUUACCGCGAGAUUACAAACGACUCCAGCAGCUGAGUAUCGCGAGACUUCCCCAGCUGUUUAGUCUGUUUUUUUAGACUAGUGCUCGUCGGUCUACACGUGGGGAAGAGAGACUGACUUUCUUCAGGGACACGUUUGAAAAACUAUCAGUAUCGCGCUCGUUGUGGCGGCACCGAGGACCCUAAAACACUACGUUAGUGUCCUGAGGAAAUGCCGCUGAGGUUUCGUUCUGUGGUGCCCUACACACUGCCCGGAGUCCUUGCACUGAUCGGCUGGUGGUGGUACAUCUCGCGAAAGAAAGAGCGGCUCAUCAGCCAUGACGGCCAAGACGGGGCUCCAACAGCUGCGGGUCUUAGAGCACCUCCAGCAGAGGGUAGCAAUGGUUUGGUCGAGAACAGCAAUGUACCCUCAACAAAUGACACAGAAAGCCCCACCCACAAACCUCCAAAGAUCAGUAACCUGGUAACAAAACAUGAGAAUAUUUCCCAAAGCCAUGUCCAUGGCACUGAAGCAGCGCCUUUGCUGAAACAAAAUUCUGAAGAAGCUGCCCCUCAUCUUGGUAGAAUAAAACAACAUGAAGAAGUUCAUAAACCCUCUGUCUCGACUUUGCCAUCACCUGGCAAAGAAGACAGUGUGCGGGUGUCACUGAAGGACCACACGGACCCAGAGAAAAGCUCAACAAUUGCCUUUAUAAAAGAGCUGGAGAAACACAGAGUCAAAGAUCCAGACUCUGCUCCAGAAGCCACUGCAGAAGAGGUCAUCUUGCCAUGCCAGUCUCCCAAUGUAACCAGCUCCUGCCCAACAACAAUACACCUUUCUGACGCAGAGAGGCCGGAGCCAGAAGGGGAAGUUGCAAAGCACUACAGCACUGUUGAUACACAAGAUGAGAUGGUUAUUUGUGCAGCCACCCCAGCCAAAGUGCAGAGAGUGACCCCAUCAGAGGCAGACUCUCUAGAGACACCGCCUUCAGCACGGGAUUUCCACCAACAUAUUCUAACCAGCACACCUACCUCCCUGACCUCCACCGUCCUGACGCCAGUCCUAAACUCCACCACCCUUUCAGAAACCCAAGAGGACAUUCAUGGAGAGGAACAGGAUCUGGAACUAUUAGCAGCUGGACUCAUAAUGCAGGUCAUCUCAGCAGCUACCCAGGAGAUCCUUGGUGUCACCAGCUGCCAUGUGACCCAGCCAAGCUGCAGUAGCAACACACCACUGGUUGGCGGAAGACUGUGCUCCCAACAGGAGCCAAUCGCAGCAGCGCAGCAGCAUCACCGUCUAUUGAGUGGCCCCUCUCAGAUAGGCAAUGAGACUGGAGACCAGGGGAUGCCUAAUGGCUGCUCCUCGGCUCCGGUGUGGAAGCCGGUUGAGGUCAGUCACAGGGUUCACCAGACAGACCAUGCACAGAGAGACCAUUGGCAAACACCCUCGCAUCAAGCAGCACAAAGUACCCUUUUGCUAAACAUGAAACUGAAAGGGGAUGAAGCGGCAGCGCUGGCCGACGACUCGGCCUGCAGUACAUGCCACUCUGAGGACGGCAUCAGCAACGAGGACCUCCAGAACAGCAUGUUUGAAAACCAAAUUGAUGUGAUCCAGGUUACGGACUUGUCGGCAAAAGAAGCCACGCGGCCACAAUCGUCGGAGACUGCCACGGAGGCGACUGGCGUAAACUCCCUGGCGGCUGUGUGUGAGAUGAAGAGGCUGAAUGGAAUGGGCCUCAGGAAUGGAGCUCACGGGACAUGUGAGGUGGAGACGGACCAGUCUGGAGGAUCUGAUGUGAACAGUAUGGACUCUGUGGACAGCGGCUGCACUAUGGGUGCCGGGGAAAGCCAGAGCAACCACGCUGCCUCCUCGAGCUCCGAGCUCAUCGUCUGGGAGAUCGAGGUGCCAAAGCAUCUUGUCGGGCGGUUAAUAGGGAAGCAGGGAAGAUAUGUGAGUUUCCUGAAGCAGAACUCGGGCGCAAAGAUCUACAUCUCCACCCUGCCUUAUACACAGGAGUUCCAGAUCUGCCACAUAGAGGGUACGCAGCAGCAGGUGGACAAAGCCCUGUCCUUGAUUGGGAAGAAGUUUAAAGAUCUGGACAUGACCAACCUAUAUGCACCGCCGCCGCCCCCACUGAAUUUGCCAUCACUUCCCAUGACCUCUUGGCUGCUGCUCCCCAGUGGAGUGACCGUCGAAGUGAUCGUGGUGAACAUCGUGUCAGCCGGUCACGUCUUUGUCCAGCAGCACACCCAUCCCUCCUACCACGCUCUGCGGAGCCUCGACCAGCAGAUGUUCCUCUGCUACUCGCAGCCGGGCACCCCUGCCCUGCCCUCGCCCGCCGAAGUUGGUGUGAUCUGUGCAGCUCCUGCGGCGGAGGAAGCCUGGUGGAGAGCUCAGGUCAUCACCUUCUAUAAAGAAACUGAUGAGGUGGAGAUCAGAUACGUUGACUACGGAGGUUACGACCGCGUUAAGAUCGACUCACUACGGCAAAUACGGUCUGAUUUUGUAACGCUCCCGUUUCAAGGGGCUGAAGUAUUGCUUGACAACAUCGCCCCACUUCCAGGAGAGGAUCGCUUCUCACCAGAGGCCACAUCUGCGUUGGAGGAGAUGACCAGAGGAGUGGCAUUGCUUGCACAGGUCUCAAAUUACGACAACAACACAGGCCUCCCGCUGGUCCACCUGUGGAACAUGGUCGGAGAAGAGGUGGUAUCGGUGAACCGUACGCUAGCAGAGAGGAGCCUGGGUGUUUGGGUGGAGGGAUUUUGAACUCCUACAUGCUCUCAGCUCCACCCCACAUCCACCCUUUAUUCUUUUGGAUCCGGGUCCUCGUGAGGUCCCAGCCCCAUCAGACACCGAUGCGUCGAAGAAGAUUGCUUUUUUUUCUUUCAUUGCUCUUUUUUUCAUCCACCACAUUUCUUUGAAAAUACAUUAAAAAUUAUGUGCGGGCAUAAUCUACAAGAAAAGCACCGCUUAAAAAAAACAACGACCUCCCCUCUUGUUCUUGUACACAAAAAGAACAUAAGAAACUUGUUAAAAAAAAAAUUUAACAACAAAACAAAACAUUUUUAAAUCUAUAUUGUAACUAAAUAAAGGUUCUACCAAUAUAAUUUUUUUCUCCCACAUCCAAACUUUAAUUUUUGGAUCAUCAUGCUGUGUGGAAGGACAAAUGUUUGUGAACAAUUUUGAGUUUGGUUUGACUGAUUGAGAGACUGAUGAGGGGCAGCGUGGGAAAGAGGAGCGCCCAGCAGCGUGGCAUCAAGAGGCACGGCCUUCUCUGGGGUGGCCAUCCAGAGCUGCUGCUGCUGCUCCACUUGUACCAGGACAGAGCUGCUUCCUGUUGCUCCACCAUCUUGCACUGCGUUUUAGAGCCAGCCAUUUCAACUUACAUUUCAACAAAAAGCAGUUGGGACAGUUUUUCAUAUUCAAGCUCCAUUUUCUUUUUAUUCAGUCAAUAUUUCCAAGGUGCAUUUUUUCAGACCGCAAGGCAACAAGCUGAUGCUGUUUGUUCAAGACUGACGGAACUGUAAAGAUCCACUCUAUUUUUUGAUGGCACCACCAAAUCCCUAAAUUUACAGUUCCCACAGUUAAGAGAGAAAUAAAAAUCACAAGACAAUUCUGUCCUACGAGAACUACGGAUAGCUGUGCUCGUUAAUGGCACCGUAACGGAGUUGGCUUUUUUCUCAUUUACCGAUCAAGACUCUCGGUAACAAAUGCUCAAACAUUUCAAUCUGAAGGGAAGGGGGUCUGUUGACUAAUCUUUACAUGUUUGUCAAUACACUGAAUGUCUCAUGGGGGUCCACUGGUUUAACAAGUCCAAAGAAAUGGGUUUUGUGAGCUGCGAUGAAGAGUUCAUACACUGUUGAGUUUCAGUGUGCUGCGCUUUCAAAGACUUGAGGGAACCACCAUGACAUGGGAGAACCACUAAACCAGAGGGUUAGCAGGGCUGACCUGGUGUUGACUGAGCUGGACCCUGUUGGUGUCCUUGGUGCGCAUGGUAAACCAGCCUGGGAGCCCCUGGGUGCGCUCUGUCCCCACAGAGGGCAGGGCCUUGCUCAAUUAAAAGUAAAGGUAUAAAUAAGUGGAAAUUAUUACUUUUUAAAUGUUUUGCUUUUAAUAUUGACGUCACCCCAAGUUUAACACAAAAUAUGUGAUACACAUGAACAGUAAAAAGUACUAAUGGCUGAUCAGGUCUCUGACCAUAAUGCUGCAUUUAUAGUUGAGUGGGAGCCAGUUAAUGGUGUGGUUAUAUUUUUCUAAUGCAUAUAAUCAUGUCAAUGUGAGCUAAAGUGAUAUAAGAGUGUAACUGCACAUCAACACAGGCUCUUUAGUGUGGUCACUAUUAUUUGUUGGAUCCCCUGUUUCAGCCAACCAGGAGCUUCUAAUGACCUCUAGAAACGUGUUGCGCUUACUUUACUGGAGCCUUUUAUUAGCAAGGCAGGAGUCCUUUCCCAGUGAUCCGAUUGGUUAGGAGGAGGGCAGUUGACCGGUUGUGAUUGGGUCUUCUGAGGUAGCAGUGCAGCAUAUGUUACCGUAGGGAUCUCCCUCUGGUGAUAAUUAUUACGUCAUGAAACUAAUUGAGCUUGAUUGCACACAAAGCACUCCUUGUAAUGUUUCAUGAAACGGUCCUCUGGAAGAACAAGGCUCCCACGUGUUUCUCGUCAGUCUACAGCAGAAUGUGUCUCUUGCUCGUGUGCGUGUGUGUGUGUGUGUAUAUAUAUAUAUAUAGAGAUCAUUUUGUUUUCAGGCAUUGAAUUCUAAUGUUCAUCCAGUGUCAGACCGUCCCAUGUGUGCACUUCACUGAUCAACUCAAACAAACCCUGUGAGGGAUUCAUUUCCAAGAUGAAUAACACAAACUCCCGUCUAGUUUUUUGUUUUUUUGUUGUCUUUUUUCAAUGACAAAUGAAAUCACUGUUACCCGAGCAAUAAGGCAGCUUUAUUUUUAAAUUGAAGGACAGGACGUGGAAAAACGGGGUGGGCUUUAAGUGCUCCAUAUAACACGACUACAAACAGAAUGUGCUCUUCAUAACACGUAAACAACACUUUAGAAACUCAAUAAUGCAUCAUGUCGAUACUGUAUCUCAGGAAUGGUUGACUAGCUGGUCAGUUUGGGGCUCAACGUGCCUGAGGGCAGCUGGAGGAGGAAAGGGCAUUGGUUAUGCGUUGAACAGAGAGAAUUACGAUGGAUAGGAAAUUAGGCAUUUUGACGAAGAAUAACAUAGAAGACAUUUCUGAGUUCUCGAAGGUGUUCUUAAGUUGGUGCUGGAUUUGGAGCAGUAGCCAUAUCAUCUGUCGUUGGCUCGUGUGCAUACUUCCUCUCUUUCACAUGAAAUGUCUGAUCCCGCCUGUCCCUCUUUUUCAAAUCCAGAUCAAUAACCCUCACACACCUUAAAACAUCAUUUGAAUCGAACUGGAGUUUUGUUAAUUUCUCUGUAAAUAAGAUAUUUGACUGUACUUUUCUAUAACACUGGAGAGAGAGUUAUAAAGGGAACAUUAUUGAUUUUUUUCUUUUUGUUUGGUUUGUUCUGGUUCAUCCUGCCUCCCCUUUUUCAAUCAAUGUUCUCAAGCUGUGAGAUAAGUGUUUGCAUAGCUAGACAAGUCAUCAUUUGAUUAUUUAAACAGGUGUUAAGGUUGUGUGCCCAAAAGCAUUUAACAUGUACAGACCCGUUUUGCUAGGCUCAUCUUAAGUUUGAUUUGUUGAUUGUACAGAUCUAUUAAGGGGAAAAAAUAAAGUUAUUGAUCGUG